GUUUUUUCAGAUUUCAUUGAAUUUUUUUUUUUACUUAAGAAGUUGUUGGUUUUCAAGUUAUUCUCGGGACCGACAUCAACAUAAUUUUCUAAAUAAAGCAGUGAAUGGGUAAUAUCAUUCUUUUCUGAAUUGGUUUCUCAUUGGCAUUUAUGAUCGACCCCUGGUUCUUGUUCCUCCAUGCCGCUGAUUUCCCCUGUUUUUUUCCCCCACAUGAAAAGAUCCUAAGAUUUCAAUAAUUCAAAAUCCCAACCACAGUUGACCUUUUUUGCCAUAUUACUGGUAACAUAUUUUCUGCUGCGGUUUAAGAUAAUAUAAGAAAACCUUUAUUUGUCCCACAAUGGAGAAAUUCCCACUUUAUAGCAGCAAAGUAACCAGCCUAUUUUGAGGAAGAAUGUAGAAGAAGGUACUGAGAUAUUCUAAUAUAUUCUCAAGUGUUUGGAGUAAAAGUGAAAAGUAGUCAGGUAAAUUAAAUACUCAAGGAGAGUGCAGCUAUAGUACCUACCUACCUAUAGUACCUACUUGAGUACAGUUACAAAUAUGUGGACUUCUUUGUUAAUCCGAAUAAUACUUCCCACUCCUGAAAACAGUCAAAUGACAAACUAGCAAUUUCCCGUUAUGGUGAACCAGGUUCAGCAAGGCGAUGGCAGCUGCCAGUCAUGUAAGAGUGACUCCAGUGGGAUGGGCACCAGCGGCGGGGAGAGCUCCAAGGAGAGCUCCCGAUGUUCCACGCCAGUGCUGGACUCAGAUCGUUCAGACAGGCUGCGAGACAAGAUGAGGAGGAGGAUCGAGUCCGGGGACCACUGGUUCUCUCUGGAAUUCUUUCCCCCUCGAACGGCCCCAGGUGCGGUGAAUCUCAUCUCGAGAUUUGACCGUAUGGGCUCCGGCGGGCCACUCUUCAUUGACAUAACAUGGCAUCCCGCUGGAGAUCCGGGUUCCGACAAGGAAACGUCGUCCAUGAUGAUUGCCAGCACAGCAGUCAACUAUUGUGGCCUGGAGAGCAUCCUCCACCUCACCUGCUGCAACCAAAACAAAGACAAGAUCACUGCCUAUCUGGCCAAAGCGAAGCACCUGGGCCUGAAAAACAUCAUGGCUCUCAGAGGAGACCCAGUGGGUGCAGACUGGGAGGAAGAGGAAGGUUGCUUCAACUAUGCCAUUGACCUGGUGAAACACAUCCGAUCAGAGUUCGAUGACUACUUUGACAUAUGUGUCGCAGGUUAUCCCACUGGCCACCCUGAGGCAGAAAGCUAUGAGGAAGAUCUGCGACAUCUGAAGGAGAAGGUGGAUGCCGGAGCCAACUUUGUAAUCACGCAGUUGUUCUUCAGGGCGGAAACGUACCUUAAAUUUCUUGAUGACUGUCGGGCAGUUGGGAUCACGUGUCCCAUCCUUCCUGGCAUCUUCCCUAUUCAGGGCUACCAGUCUCUGCGUCAGCUUGUCAAGCUUUCAAAGUUGGAGGUGCCGGAGGAGAUCAUGGAAGUCAUUGAGCCCAUCAAAGACAAUGAUGCGGCUAUUCGGAACUAUGGAAUCCAACUAGCGGUGGAGAUGUGCAGAGUGUUGCUGCAAAGUGGCAAAGUACCCGGUUUGCACUUCUACACUCUCAAUCGAGAAGUCGCCACCCUGGAAGUCCUCCGGCAGCUCAGCCUGUGGGUGGAGGACCCGAGACGGCCUCUUCCUUGGGCAGUGAGUGCACAUCCCAAGCGAAAGGUCGAGGACGUGCGACCCAUCUUCUGGGCAUCCAGGCCCAAGAGCUACAUCUACAGAACCCAGGAGUGGGAUGAGUUCCCAAAUGGCAGAUGGGGUAACUCCUCAUCUCCAGCUUUUGGUGAGUUGAAUGAUUACUACUUGUUCUACUUGAAGAGCAAGUCAUCCAAAGAAGACUUGCUAAAGAUGUGGGGAGAGGAGCUGAAGAAUGAGGCGAGUGUCUAUGAGGUUUUUACCUCCUACAUCACAGCUCAGCCAAAUCGAAGCGGACACAAGGUGAUAUGCUUGCCUUGGAAUGAUGAGCCUCUGGCCCAGGAAACCAACCUACUGAAGGACGAACUGGAGAAAGUGAAUAGACGAGGCGUGCUAACUAUCAACUCUCAGCCCAACAUCAACGGCAAACCCUCCACCGAUCCAAUAGUGGGCUGGGGCCCUCCCGGAGGCUACGUCUUUCAGAAAGCCUAUCUGGAGUUCUUCACCUCCAGCGAAAAUGUGUCUGCUCUCCUCGAAGUACUGAAAAAGUAUGAACCCCGUGUCAACUACCACAUUGUGAACGUGCGCGGACGUAACCUGACCAACGCCCCGGACAUGCAACCUAAUGCCGUCACGUGGGGGAUAUUCCCAGGCAGGGAGAUUGUUCAGCCCACCAUUGUGGACCCGGUCAGCUUUAUGUUCUGGAAGGAUGAGGCUUUUGCCUUGUGGAUCGAGCAAUGGGCCAAACUGUACGAAGACGAGUCGCCUUCUCGGAUGAUCAUCAAAUACAUUCAUGACAAUUACUUUUUGGUGAAUCUGGUGGACAAUGACUUCCCACUGGACAACUGCCUGUGGCAGGUGAUCGAUGACAUGUUUGAACAGCUGGAUGCUUCUUCACAGUCACCACUCCAUGAAGUGUCAUCAUAGCUUGAUGAUGAUUUUUAUGGUAUUUAGUUUUAAAUGAAAGGAUAAAAAAGCACCCCUAAGCUAUUUUGGAAUGCAGCUAUUAAGAAAAAAAAAAGUUUACCUGACAAUAUAUAUAUUUUUAAAUUUCUUUUGUACUUUUAGGAUUUUGGCCAGAAAUGCAGGAAAUGAAAAUCUUUUCGGCAUUUUCAAUUACCGUUACUCCAUGUUACUCUGACUGUUUGUUUUUAGUUGUUUUCUUUGACAGUUACUAUUUACUGAGCACAGAUUUUUAACUGCACCUUUGAAAUCAUUGUCAAUUGCGUUUGUCCGAUUUUGUUGUUGUUGUUGUUUUUUUUAAUGUUAAGACUCAAGUGAGUCAACAUGUGUUACAUAUGAAUUUGGAAACAUUUUUCAAAGUUUUAGUUUAGCCUUUUCUCCAAAUAAUAAAUAGUUGUGUGGGUGCGUGCGUGUGUGUGUUAACCCAUUUAAUCCCAAAUUUUCCCAGACAUUUAAAAGUCAAAAUCAGGUGUAUCCGGGUAGCCCUUCUAAAUAAUCAGUAAUAAAAAAAUUUCAAGCUCUGUAAAUGAAAUCAUGGUUGUCCUUCACAAAUGGGACCGGUGGGAUUAAAUGGGUUAAUCUGUAUCUAUGCACUUUGCAACGGCAGAAUAAACACAGGAGAGUCGGUGGAUUAACUUUA